CUCAUUAAAGGCCAUAUCUGAAGGUAAGCGUAGUUCGAUGGCCUUUCACCCGCAAAGGUGUCAAAACAAUAUAAUUGUAAUCUACAAAACGUUUACGAAUUUAAAGCACCAGCGUUAAAAUAACGACAUCGCUCCUAGCAAAAUUCUAAAUUCUGCACGUCAUGAGAAACAUUUGGAAAAGACCCGUUUGUAAACAAAAAAAUUACAUUCCACUCAGUUGGUAGAACUGAAAGUGCUAAUUUAUGCAACUCACAUUACACAAAUUUGACGUUGGUUUGACAUUGACAAGACUAUGUGACGUUUACAUUCGUAGUAUUUACGCUUGUCAAUAUUCGUUCUUAUAAAAAAAUAUGGCAAGUGUCUUUAACGUGAUCGUAGCUCAGGCUGCUGAAAAUUUAACUGAAAAGGCGAAAAAUGCUACUGAAAAACCGCCCAACAGCCCUGAGGGCAUCGCCGUGGCCUACGGGAGUUUAGUUAUAAUGGCAGUGCUUCCCAUAUUUUUCGGUUCCCACAGAUCUGUCGUGUACCAUAAGGAAAACAAACCUGAGAAAAUGACGAAGAAAGACGCCGCUAUAUUCCCAAUAAUGGCUUCGUGUGCCCUCUUCGCUUUAUACAUAGUCUUCAAAUUAUUCUCUAAAGAAUAUAUUAAUCUACUUUUGACUGGAUAUUUCUUCUUCUUGGGAGUCUUAGCGUUAACACAUCUACUAAGCCCCGUGGUGAGCAAACUAGUUCCAGCAGCGAUUCCGAACAUUCCGUUCCGCAUAACUUUCACGCAAGGAGAAAAGGAGACUUUACAGUACUUAAUAAAAUACAAAUUUUGCACGUACGACAUGGUAUCCCUAGCCGCCUGUUUGGUCGUGGGGGCCUGGUACUUGGUCCAGAAACAUUGGAUAGCAAACAAUCUCUUUGGUCUGGCUUUCGCCAUAAACGCCGUUGAACUGCUGCAUCUUAAUAACGUAGUCACCGGCUGCAUUUUAUUGUGCGGAUUGUUCUUUUACGAUGUAUUCUGGGUGUUCGGUACCGAUGUUAUGGUGACUGUAGCUAAGAGCUUCGAGGCACCUAUUAAACUGGUGUUUCCUCAAGAUUUGCUGCAAAACGGACUGGCUGCCGACAACUUCGCUAUGCUAGGUUUAGGCGAUAUUGUAAUUCCUGGUAUAUUUAUCGCCCUCCUGUUGAGAUUCGAUAACAGUCUGAAGCGCCAAACUAAAACUUACUUCAAUGCAUCCGUGAUCGCUUACUUUAUGGGACUGAUGACUACGAUAUUUGUUAUGCAUGUGUUUAAACACGCUCAACCGGCCCUUCUCUAUUUAGUUCCUGCCUGCAUAGGCACGCCUCUGUGUUUGGCUUUGAUCAAAGGAGACAUAACUGCUAUGUUUAAGUAUGAAGACUCUCCUGACGACGAGAAGGCCGAGGAAAAGAAGAAAGAACCGGCUAAACAGGAAGCUAAAAAAGUUAAAUAAUCCAUAAAAUAUUUUAUAAAAAACAUACAAUGAGAACUUGUAUCGGUGUUUCUUGGAAGAAAUUUUUGUUUUUUUAUUAUUUUUGCGCACUAAAAAAUUGUUUUAGCCGGAAUCAGAAUGUUAUGUUAUGUAAUUAGUACAAUUUGUAUUGUUUUUAAUUUAUAUUUUCUAAUAAAAGGAACCAUAGAAAAUUUCAAGCUAAAAAUAAUAGUUUUUAUCUUGAAAAAAUGCACCUACUAGAUUAUAGAUGAAAUAUAUUCAAAAUACGUAAAAAUUACUGUUUAUUAGAAAAAAUGCAUACAUAAACUUUUGACCCAAUUAAGCCAAAUCCUUGGGGGUGAUGUCGGGCAAAUCUGUGAUACCAUCUUUGCCGACGCACUGUACCUUAAAGUUAGGUAAAUUGAUGAUUAAUCUUUUCUGAACUUCUUUCACGCAUUUUUUUAGCAACUCGUAACCUUCUUCUCUGCUUAGAGAUUUGCUGUAGUUUCUAUCCAUGAUAGAUAACGAGAAGAAGCCUCCGUAACCGUGAGCAGCGUAAUUAACUUUGAUGGUCGACGCCAAGUAGUCCAUGUAGUAUAAUUGAGGGCCUUCUUUCUCGU